AUCGGCUCUUCCGUAGCUCUGAAUUAGUUACAUGUUCAAGUUAUUAUCUUGUACUGGAAGAGGAUUUUGAUCUCACUUUCAUUGCAUAAAGUUUUAGAGUUCGUAGUAAGCUGUAAGAUCUCAUAGUAUGAUAAUUGAUAUUGGGCUGGAUCUAAUGUGCAGGAACAUGGUUAAGGCUGUAGCUGUGCUUGGUAGCACCGAGGGUGUCGGUGGUGUUAUCUACUUCAGUCAAGAAGGAAAUGGUCCAACUAUGGUGACCGGGAACAUCUCUGGCCUCUCACCGGGACUUCAUGGCUUCCAUGUCCAUGAAUUCGGUGAUACCACAAAUGGCUGCAUGUCCACUGGGCCACACUUCAAUCCAACCGGAGAAGAUCACGGGGAUCGCGAAGAUCCGGUCCGUCAUAUUGGUGAUCUUGGAAAUGUGAUAGCCGGAGACGAUGGCACUGCCAAUUUUACCAUGUUUGACAGCAAGAUCGCACUCGUUGGAUGCGACUCCAUUAUUGGCAGAGCUAUUGUUGUGCAUGCGGAUCCUGAUGAUCUUGGAAGGGGUGGGCAUGAACUUAGCAAGACCACUGGAAAUUCUGGUGCAAGAGUAGCCUGUGGUGUCAUUGGGCUUCAGGAGUGACUGAUCCAAGGGGAAUGAUGGCUAAGAAUAUAUAGACAAGUCCUGUAUGCUUAGGAGAUGAAGCUGCUUGUACAGUUGUAUAUGAGCUUUGAGUAGUUCGCUGCUUUUAUGGAAACACUGCUAUUGUCACUUCCAAAAAGAGUGAUGGCUUCUUUUCUUUGGCUGUAACUCGAGCUUUGCAUGAGAAGAUAUUAGAAAAUAGUUCUCGGGAUGAAUGGUU